UUUCGGAGCUGAAGGCUCUUAAAAUUGUGCAGUUGUGAAAUAUCAUACUUAUUCUUUAGUAAAAUCAUGGAAACUGAUACAUCUAUAGGCAAGACUACAAUCCAGCCUUGUGAGCCAACACAAAACACAAGUGAACAAGUCCAGAUGAGAGACACGGAGGAAUUAAGGAAGUGUGAUAUUUAUAAAAAGGAAAAACUAUUCUACAACAACUUAAGGAUGCAGAAUCGGAGGCUGUCACUGCCGGUGCAACAGAACGACCUCGACGACACCGACUCCUUCAUUUCCAAGGACGGUUCAAAAUCAAAUUUGUCCUACGCCACCAGCUCCGAACUGAGUCACAUCUCCUUCGAAAAUCUAAGCCUGUACGAACCGAUAGAAGCUGUGCCCGACGCCCGUCCCCGAGUCGUAAUUGAACCACCCAUUUACGAGAACGUGACGAAAAAAAUACCGGAGAAACCGAAGAGAAAGUUCCCCCCGAAGAAGGGAGCCAGCUUAAAGAGUCUGCCGAGCGAAAAAUACGGACGUGAUGAUUACAAUGUGAUUCGUGACAUAGUGGUGGAUAAGUACAGUGAUGUGUUAGACCGUUUCCGAGAACGCAGCUACCAAAGGAACAAUCAAAAACGGAACGAAAAAUGGGCGGCCUUUGUCAACGACAAUCAGCAUUUAUUUCAGGGCUUGCCAAGUCCAAUCAGCUUCAACGACUGCGAUCCGGAAUUUGAUCGUUCGCCAUUUACCUUUCAAGCCCAAAACCAGGACUAUCAAAACGUAGUUCCGGGGGACUAUGAUGACGAUUCUUUCGACUGUAAAUCGUUCAUGAGGCGUGCACUAGGGGAUGACUACAGUAAUGGAAGGAGCUCCUUGGACCGUUAUUCGAAAGGAGAACAAGACGAUAUAGAAGAUUUACACAAAGAACUGUCUAUUCAAGAAGAAACUAUAAUGCAGAUCUCAAAAGCAAUUAAUUUUUGUUAUAACAGCAAACAAUUCGUCUACAGUAUUGAACAUAUAGAAGCUGAAAGAUUACUAUUAGUGGCCAGCCGGACUAAGGAGCAACUGUUAAAAGCACUCAAUGGCACAACAGCUCAAACUAACGUAGACAAUGGAUUUGUAAGAAUAUCACAAAUUGUCAUCCCCUUUAGGUCAAUUAAGCGUGAAGUCGAAGAAUCAAUGCGUUUCGUCUGUGUGAUAUCAUCCGGCACCAAAGUCCUAGCAAGUGAAUUAUUAAAAGCUGAAAAUGACGUUAUUAAGAUUCCCAAAGAUUUUAUAUUCAGAAAGCUGUCGAACUUAUUUGACAUUGUAAUUUCUAUUUAUAAUAUUAAGCUUGAGGACAAGACGAAGGUAAAAAAAAGUAAUAAGAUAAAUUAUCUCACACCUAAAAAACUGUUUAAAAUCGCUAGAGACCGGCGUAUGAAACAACCAAUACCACCGAUUGACGAAAUUCGUUCUACUUCGUUUGUUUUGUGGGGCCAAUUGCAUAUAUCUAAAAAUAAUCUCAAGGAAAAUUCAUUUAAACUAUCAUCAAUGAAUUGGAAAUCAAUACUAGAUGAAACGGUUUUCAUGAAUUUGGAGAGCGAUGCUUAUUUAAUUAGUGAUACCAAUGGAUUCUUAUCUUUAGCUACAUACGCUACUGGGGCACUUAUUUGGAACCGAAAGUGGUGCCAAUUAGAAGGAAGCCGACUGUAUUAUUAUAACUAUCCCACUGAUGCAGAGAUUCUACCUCCAUUGGGCGUGAUAGAUUUUCAGUACUGCUCAUCCAAGGUACAAACCGCUGACAGGAGUCUGUGUGCUAGACAAAAAUCACUACAAUUGGAAAUUAAGCAAGAUGAUGUUGUCACCAUUUAUUUCCUCUCCUUCGACACCACGGAGGAAAUGAAGAAAUGGCAAGAAAAAUUUGAUUAUGUGACACAAAUACUUCAAGACUGGAACUGUCUUCCUUGAAUGAUUAAUGUUUUUCCUAGAACAUCUCUUUAUUUUGUUUGUAAGACUGAAACUUAACAUAAUGCUAUGUUUGAUAAGGUUUGGAUGUGUUUUAUAAGAGUAACCAAGUUAUUUGAGUUGUGAAACAUUUUUUAUUUACACUUUUAUUAAAGAUUAUUGGUAAAA